AUGUCAUCAUCGGUCUUUCAAUGUAUCUUCAACUUCAGUUCAAAACUUCAAAAUCUUUAUUUGCAAAAUUGUAGUCUUGGGGAUGAUAGUUUUCUCAUGUCAGCUAUUUCAAUUACGAAUUCUUCGUCUUCUCUUGUCUCGCUUGAUCUCUCCUUUAAUCUAUUGAAAUCAUCAUCCAUAUUUUACUGGCUCUUCAACUCCACUACCAAUCUUCGUACACUUGAACUUAAUGACAACAUGUUGGAAGGUCCCAUUCCAGAUGGAUUUGGGAAAGAAAUGAACUCUCUUGAAGAGCUUUAUCUUUCACAUAAUAACAUUGUUUUGUCAUCUCCAGUCCACUCAACCUUUCCUUCUCUUGUGAUCCUUGACCUUUCCUAUAAUAAGAUGUCAUCAUCGAUCUUUCAAUGUAUCUUCAACUUCAGUUCAAAACUUCAAAAUCUUUAUUUGCAAAAUUGUAGUCUUGGGGAUGAUAGUUUUCUCAUGUCAGCUAUUUCAAUUACGAAUUCUUCGUCUUCUCUUGUCUCGCUUGAUCUCUCCUUUAAUCUAUUGAAAUCAUCAUCCAUAUUUUACUGGCUCUUCAACUCCACUACCAAUCUUCGUACACUUGAACUUAAUGACAACAUGUUGGAAGGUCCCAUUCCAGAUGGAUUUGGGAAAGAAAUGAACUCUCUUGAAGAGCUUUAUCUUUCACAUAAUAACAUUGUUUUGUCAUCUCCAGUCCACUCAACCUUUCCUUCUCUUGUGAUCCUUGACCUUUCCUAUAAUAAGAUGUCAUCAUCGAUCUUUCAAUGUAUCUUCAACUUCAGUUCAAAACUUCAAAAUCUUUAUUUGCAAAAUUGUAGUCUUGGGGAUGAUAGUUUUCUCAUGUCAGCUAUUUCAAUUACGAAUUCUUCGUCUUCUCUUGUCUCGCUUGAUCUCUCCUUUAAUCUAUUGAAAUCAUCAUCCAUAUUUUACUGGCUCUUCAACUCCACUACCAAUCUUCGUACACUUGAACUUAAUGACAACAUGUUGGAAGGUCCCAUUCCAGAUGGAUUUGGGAAAGAAAUGAACUCUCUUGAAGUUCUUAGCCUCUUUCGGAACAAACUGCAAGGCGAGAUUCCAUCUUUCUUUGGGAACAUGUGCACAUUGCAGAGUUUAGACCUCUCAAACAACAAGUUGAGUGGGCAAAUUUCUAGCUUCUUUCUAAAUUCUUCAUGGUGCAACAGACACGUGUUUCGGAGACUACUUUUAUCUGGUAACAACAUUACAGGAAGGUUACCUAAAAGCAUUGGAUUGUUAUCUGAGUUGAUUGAACUUAUGUUGGCGGUAAAUUACUUAGAGGGUGAUGUUACUGAGUCGCAUCUUUCCAAUUUUUCCAAAUUAUCAUUCUUACAAUUAUCAGAUAACUCAUUGUCACUAAAAAUUGGUCCUACUUGGUUUCCUCCUUUCCAAUUAUUGUUCUUGGCAUUAAGAUCUUGUAAUCUGGGCCCAACAUUUCCUAAUUGGCUUCAGACUCAAACUUCCAUAAUAUUUCUAGAUAUUUCUAAUAGCAACCUUAAUGAUUCCGUUCCAGACUGGUUUUGGAACAACUUGCAAAAUAUGGGAAAGUUAAAUAUGUCUUACAAUAAUCUCAUUGGUACAAUUCCCAACAUAUCAUUGAAGCUUCUUUGUAGACCGUUCAUAUUUCUGCAUUCAAAUCAAUUUGAAGGCAAAAUUCCACCCUUUUUACUGCAAGCUUCAAAGCUCAAGCUCUCCAAAAAUAAAUUUUCAAAUUUGUUUUCAUUCUUAUGUGAUCAAAGCAUAUCUGCAAAUUUGUUAUCUUUAGAUUUAUCAAACAAUCAAAUGAAGGGACAACUGCCAAACUGUUGGAAAUAUGUUGAUAGGUUAUUGUUUCUUGAUUUAAGCAACAAUAAAUUGUCAGGGAAGAUUCAUGUCUCCAUGGGCAGCCUUGUUAACUUGGAAGUCUUGGUUUUACGAAACAAUAACCUAAUGGGUGAAUUACCUUCCACUUUGAAGAACUGCAGCAAUUUAAUUAUGGUGGAUGUGAGUGAAAAUAUAUUGUCUGGUCCAAUACCAUCAUGGAUUGGAGAAAGUAUGCAACAAUUGAUAAUCUUGAACAUGCGAGGGAAUCACUUCAGUGGACAUCUUCCAGUUAAUCUUUGUUAUUUGAAGCGUAUUCAAUCAUUGGAUCUUUCAAGGAAUAACUUAUCGAGAGGUAUUCCAACAUGCUUAAAGAAUUUGACUGUAAUGUCUGAAAAGAUCAUCAACAGAGGUGCAACUCUAAAUCAGAUAUAUUGGUCUGUCAAUCUUACUUCCCAUGAACCUUAUGCUCCUUUUUUAUCCAGUUCUGAUAAUUAUACACUUAACAUAACAUGGAUUUGGAAAGGUAUGGAACUGUGGUUUUCGAAUCCAGAGUUACAACUUAAGAGCAUUGAUCUUUCAAGUAAUAAUUUAACAGGAGAAAUACCAAAAGAGAUUGGAUAUUUGAUUGGAUUAGUUUCUCUGAAUUUAUCCAGAAAUCAUCUGAGCGGAGAAAUUCCUUCAGAGAUAGGAAAUUUAAGUUCACUAGAGUCCCUUGACUUAUCAAGAAAUCAUAUCAGUGGGGCAAUUCCUUUUUCUCUUUCUCAAAUUGAUAAUCUAGGCAAAUUGGACUUAUCACACAACUCUCUUUCAGGAAAGAUCCCACGAGGAAGACAUUUUGGAACCUUUGAAGGCUCUAGUUUUGAAGGAAACGUAGAUCUUUGUGGUGAACAACUCAACAAAAGUUGUCCUAGAGAUGGAGAUCAAACGACAGUAAAGUUCCCAGAAGUUGAAGCAAUCAAUGGCGAUGAAGACAGUGUUUUUUACGAAGCAUUAUACAUGAGCAUGGGGAUAGGAUUCUUUACUGGAUUUUGGGGCUUAUUAGGGCCAAUACUACUUUGGCAUCCUUGGAGAAAUAACUACAUAAGAUUUAUGAACAGACUGAUAAAUUAUAUAUACGAACGGUUAUAGGUAAUGGAACAAAGUAGUCCUCGUAGCUCAAAGACAAGAAGGUAUGUUGUAGCUUUCUUAUGAUAUCCUUAUUUUAAUUAUUAAUUACUGAAUUAAAUUCUUGAAAAAAAAAAUUCUCUUAGAAUUGGUAAAGCGAGAUAUAAUUCUCAAAUCACAAUACUUCUUUUCCUUACACUUAUUUUUUAU